ACACUACUACUGUUCUACUGUGUCUACAGUGGAAUCUACGAUUUAGCUUUGAAGGUGCUAAAAGUGGAUCCAGAACUUGCUUUUGAGAGGGAUAGUGCAAGUAAUGAGACAAUAUUGCAUAUAUUGGCUCGAAAGCCUUUAAGCUCUCUUUGUCAAAGUCAGCGAUAUAGAAAGCGGCUCAUGAAAUCAUGUUUGAGGCAAACUCAGCAACUUCAACUAGUAAAGCAUUUGUGGAGCAUAUUCCUUACAAAAGAUGACCAAAUGAUUAUGGACAACAUAAAAGUACCUUCACAAGUAACAUUUAAUGCUGUAAAAGUUGGAAAUUUUGAGUUUCUAGCUGAACUUAUGAGUACCUAUCCUGAUUUGAUAUGGGAAGUUGACGCAAGAAAUCGAAGCAUAAUUCAUGUUGCAGUUUUACAUCGUUAUGCCGAUAUCUUCGAUCUCAUACAUGACAUUGGCUCGGUCAAAGAUUUUAUAGUGCCUUUUGUAGAUAAUGAAUACGGAGACAACUUAUUGCAUAUGGCUGCAAGAUUGGCACCACUAGAUCGAUUAAACUUGAUUUCUGGAGCAGCUUUUCAAAUGACCUUUGAGUUACUUUGGUUUGAGGAGGUGGAGAAGAUAAUGCUACCAUCAUGUAUAGAGAAGAAGAAUGCAGAAGACUUAACUCCUCGCCAACUGUUCACAAAGGAGCACAAAGACUUGCUAAAAGAAGCAGAAUCAUGGUUGAAGAAAAGAGCAGAACAAUGCAUGGUUGUUUCCACUCUUAUUACUACUGGAGUAUUUACAGCUGCAUUUAGUAUACCUGGUGGUAUCAACGACAAUUCAGGAAAUCCUAAUUACUUGCAAAAAUCAUCAUUCCUAAUAUUUGCCAUAUCUGAUGCAGCUGCAAUGAUCUCAUCCUCAACUUCCAUACUUAUUUUCUUGUCCAUCCUCAUCUCACGCUAUGCAGAAGAGGAUUUUCGCAAGUCAUUGCCCUUGAAGCUCAUAUCUGGAUUGGUUGCUUUGUUCAUCUCUAUAAUAAGCAUGAUGACAGCAUUUAGUAGUGCCUUUUUCAUCAUGUAUUGUCAUGGUUCAAAGUGGGUUCCUAACUUCAUUUCUGCACUUGCUUUUAUACCCAUACCCUUAUUUGCAUUUCUACUAUUCCCACUGUGGUCUGAUAUACUUUAUUGGACCUACUUUUGUAGGAGUCUUUUUCGUCCUAGUACACAUAUGCUUUACUAGGAAAAUAAGUGACUGUAAACAAGUAUUUGCCAUUUCCAAGUGGUGUAUCUCUCUUCUAGUAAUUAAUUAUUGUGUAUUUAUGUAGUGUACGUGAGUCUUGAGAGUUAAUAAGGAAAUCUCCUUUUCAAUAUGGUAGUGUUAAUUCCUCUCUAAAUUUUUGUAAAUUUAUAAUUUGUACUUUA